CGAAAAGCACUUUGAUCGCGAGUAAUUAUCAUUCACGUAUUUUGUUAGCUUCCAAUAGUCGAAAUAAUCUGGAAGGCAAUACGUAAGCUCUAAUGACACAUCUCGGCAAUUCUGCCACCCAUCUUCCUUUUUUGAACUUGCCCUCCCAAGUCCCCACAGCUAUAAGAGCUGGGAUGGAACUCGCCACCGACUCGUGUGCUCCGCUGCCAUGCCCUCUCGACACAUUAUGACGCUGCUUGCCCCUGCUUGGGGACACACUCUGCCCUACAUCCACCUGAGCACGCGCAUGCUGGCGCAAGAUCCCGAGCUGGGCGUCACCAUCGUGCAGCACAAUCUGAUCCGUUGGGUCCAUCCAUGAGCAUGCGGCACGCGAGGACUGACUGGGCUUCAUAGUGCCUAAGUUGCUGAAGGAGCUCAGCGCGUGCGCGUACGACAAGGAUCGUCUGAGGAUCAAGGCUGUCGGCGUUAAAGAGUGGGUUGUGCAUUCCUCAUGUCACUGCGCGACCCUUAUUCUCGACGAAGGGUCAAGUUCUCGCCCGAGGUCGUCGAAGAGGCGAAUAAGCAGCUCGCAGAGGGUUGGCUCGACUUUCUUACCGAAGCGGUUGGAGCUGCACAGCCGUUGGCGUGGCCGAAACCUCACACGGUGCACAUGGAUUUCUUUGUCGGUGGCUUCGUCAUCAACCCGACAAAGGCGAUCUUAGGGCCCGCCACCAAAGUCGUGCUCUGGUGCUCCGCGGGAGUAACGAUCUGCCCCGACCACUUCGGCGAAUACAAUUUCGGGAAAAUCGCGCGCGAGAUAUUUGCCGACGAGGAGCGACGCGCAGGGCGCUCACUGGAGGAGAUCCUCGGCGACGUGGUCGUGGCCUGGAACGGGAGCGACAAGCUCGAUGGGCGGGUCGUUGACCUCGUGGGUGCGCUCCAGAUAUACGACUACGAACGGAACGCGCAGGGUGCCGGAGGGCCGCGACAAAUCGCGCCCGUUUGGGCGGCUGCGCAGGAGCUGGCUGCGGUUGCUGACGCACUGCUUUGUCCGGCCAGCAGCGCAUUGGAGCCCCUUGGCGCGCCUUACUGCCGGCAAUAUUACGAGAGUCGCGGCAAGGAACUGUUCUUGGUGGGCCCGCAGAUGAACGACACAGAAUGGGAGGUGUCAGUUGUGGGCACUGGCCCCGGUGAGCCCCGAGUCAAGGCCUUCUUAGAUGACUCGCUCGCGAAGUACGGCCCCAAGUCGGUGAUGUAUAUAUCAUUCGGAUCUCUGUUCUUCCCCGUUGCGACCCCCCAUCUCGUGGAGACAAUGAUCCAAGUGCUUCUGGAUCUCGAGCCUCCCCUUCCGUUCAUUUUGGUACUCGGGGGAGCCAUGGCCACGCUCCCUGAUGAAACGAUCGAUCGUGUUCAUUCGAGUGGGAGGGGAUUGGUGUGCGACUUCUGGGUCGACCAAAAGGCCAUCCUGAAGAGCGGAGCGGUGGGCUGGUUCUUGACACAUGGUGGCUACAACUCGCUGACCGAAUCAUUGAGUCAAGGGAUUCCACUCAUCUUUUGGCCGAUCGCCGGAGAGCAAGCAACCAAUGCUGCCAUGUUUUCAACCGGAUCCAAUCCCAUCGGCAUCGAGCUCUUUCAGAUACGCACUGGGACUCAGCUCCGUCCUUCGCUCCGUCCUGACGCGCCAAAAAUCACGGGCACAGUGGAGGACGCGAGGGCAGAGUUCGAAAUGACGUUCCGAUCUCUAAAGGGUCCCAAGGCGGCAGCUCUUACGCGGAACGCGGCCCGGAUCGCGGAACUCUGGCGUGUGGAGAGGAUCGAUGGGGAACCUGCGCGAGAGAUUAACCGGUUGACAGCAUUCGGAGGCGGAGACGGAUAUGUAUCAGCGGGAAAAACCUUCAUUGCAUGAUGACUCUCCACCGGCUUUGGACGGGUCUCCUUGAGCCGGAACGCGGCUUAGAAAGCAAAUAUAAGAGUUCUGUUGUCAGCUUAAAUAUCAAAGUAAAUCAGUGGUGGAAAAAUCACACUCGCUACUACAAGACCAGUUGAAAGAAGGCUUCUAUCUUUAGAAUCAGCACCUCACAAACUCCCGCAAGUAUUGUAAGACGCUUAAAUCCAUUUCAACGGCCCACGCUGUCUUCUUACCAGCUUCUUGCUGUUCUACCUGUCAACGCCUGAGGCUAAUUUACCGAGCAUAAAAACUGGGAUGGACGAAGUUAUCGUCUCACACAUCCGCCUAUGCCUCGCCGACACAUUCUGACGCUGCUCGCUCCGGCGUGGGGCCACACUCUGCCCUACAUCCAUCUGACGACACGCAUGCUGGCCCAGGAUCCGGAGCUCGUCAUCACCAUCGUGCAGCACAAUCUGAUUCUGCCCAAGAUGCUGAAGGAGCUUGACGGCUGCACAUAUGAUCAGAGCAGGCUCAAGAUCGAGAGUGUUGGCGACAAAGAAAUCAAAUUCUCACCGGCACUCGUCGAAGUAGCGAUAAAGGAUCUGGCGGGACGAUGGUUAGAGAUCCUCGCGAAGGCAGUCGGCGCCGGCCCCACCGACGCUGCAGAGAGCGCCUGGCCCAGGCCCUACACCGUCCAUCUGGACUUCUUCGGAGGCGGGUUCGUCGCUGCGCCCACGAGAGCCUUGCUGGGACCCGAAUCUAAGCUCGUUUUGUGGUGUUCCGGCGGCGUCAACGCCCUGCCGGACCACCUCAGCGACUAUAACUUUGCCGAAAUCGCGCGGGAGAUCUACGCGGACGAGUCACGGCGCGCAGGCCGGUCGAUGGAGGACAUCCUCGGUGAUGUCGUGUCCGCUUGGAACGGCAGCGACAAACUCGAUGGGCGCACGAUCAAGAUCGUAGGUUCAUUGGACAUAUACGACCACGAGCAUAUCGCGCGUGGCGCCGGGGGCCCUCGUGACCUUGCCCCUGUGCUCUCCGCUGCGCAGGGCUUGGCUCAGGUUGCCGAUGCCAUUAUGUGUCCCGCCAGCAGCGCAAUGGAACCCAUCGCGACCCAAUUCUCUCGAGAGUAUUACAAGAAACGCAAUCAGGAGCUCUUUCUCGUUGGCCCUCAGAUGCAUGACAGAGACUGGAAAACUCGGUCUGCGGGUCCUGGCCCUAGUGAGGAGCGUAUCAAGACUUUCCUAGAAAACGCCCGGAAACAGUUUGGGCCCGGUUCGGUGCUGUAUAUCUCAUUUGGAUCUCUUUUCUUCCCGCUUGCCACUCCACACCUCGUCGAGGUCAUGGUGGACGUGCUUCUUACUUUGAAAACACCCCUUCCGUUCGUCUUUGUCCUCGCGGGAGCGAUGGCCUCUCUGCCUCAAGAAAUUAUCGACCGGAUCCACGCCAGCGGUCGAGGACUAGUCUGCGAUUUCUGGGUCGAUCAGAAGGCGAUCUUGGAAUGCGGUACAGUCGGAUGGUUCUUGACUCAUGGGGGCUACAACUCGUUGACUGAGUCGCUGAGCCAAGGAAUUCCACUUAUUUUUUGGCCCGUCGGAGCGGAACAAGCCGUCAACGCUGCGAUGCUGUCGACUGGACCCCUUCCGAUUGGUAUUGAACUCUUUCAAAUUCGGGCUGGAGAGCAGCUGGGACCGUCCCUUCGUUCCGAUGCACCAAGCAAGAUCACAGGCACAGUCGAGGACGCACGCAUCGAGUUCGAGCAGACUUUCGGUGCGCUCAAGGGCGCCCGAGGGGAGAGACUGCGGCAGAAUGCGGUCCAUAUUGCGGAUCUGUGGCGGAAGGAGCGGAUGGAUGGAGAACCGGCACGGGAUAUUGCGAAGCUGAUAGAAUUCUGA